AUGAUGCCGACGCAUGUGUUGCUGAUGAGCGAGGACUUAUGCACAAGCGAGCUUGGACGCUUACUGUUCGAUACGCCAAGCACUUGGAACAUGCAGGCGCACGUGCCUGAGCACAAAAAUGUAUCGUCGAUGCUUGCUACUCAUACGGAAUAUCGCGUUAUGAUUAUGGCUUUGCCUAAGAACAAUAUGACAAAGGAUGUGCGACGUUUUGCGAUGUGGACGCGCUAUCGCGAUGUGCGUUAUCUCUGGGAUGUGCUAGCCGAUGUGCAUAAACGGUUCUUCGACACGGAUUCGGCCCAGACCUGCCGCCUUAUUCCUCUUUAUAGAGCGAAUCGCGACUUCGACCUCGCUAGAAGUGAUAAAGGUGAAGAAGAGCUGCAGUUGCAUGGAGCAUUUCCGCAGUUUCCGAGUGGAGUUAUUUUUGGGAAUAGACGUGAUGAAGUUAUUCGUGAAAGAGUGGUGGCGAUAACAACUUUCUUGAAUUAUAUCUUCAAUAGUGCUGUUCUCCGACAAAGCAUAGCUGUGCAGGAGUUUUUCGAGAAAGCUGAUGAGCUAAGUGAGCCUAUCGACGAAACAGAGCCUUUGGAAGCUGUUAAGAAACAACUGACGGAACCCUUAUCGGAGGCUGCAAAAACCGAAGAGGGCAAUAUGCCUGAUGAGGCAUCCGGAGAUGCGUCAGCAAAAGAGGAAGCUGGACAAGUCCCAAAUUCGACAGCGCAGCAGCAGAUGCUGCAUUUGUCAGCGUUCAGUGAGGCAGAAACCACAAGUUUUGUAACAGCGACAGAUAGCGACGCGGACAUCUCAGCAGAAGGAUUUUUUUCGAGCAAAUGCGAGUCUGAGAUUUCCGUUGCUUCAGUUGUGGAAGGUGAUGGUGAAACAAUAGCAGACAAUGGCCGAGACGAUGGUGGAGCGAAGGUUGUCACCGAAUGCAGUAUGCAGGAUAACUGUGGAACAAAAGCUACUGCUGAGAGUGAUGUCCAGAGCAGUUGUGCAACUGAUGGAACCAACGAACGGAAAAUUGAGCGCAGCUGUGGGUCAGAAUCUGUCACCGAAUGUCACAUGCAGAAUAACAGUGCUGUGGGAGCUGAUACCAAAUGUAAUGUCCAGGAUAGUUCUGAAGUGGGCGCUACAGCCGAACGCACGUUUACGGAUGCUCGUGAAACAAAAGAUGUUGCUGAAUUUUAUACCGAGAACGGAUGCGGAGCAGAUCCAUCUAGCGAUUGCUCUGUCCGAAACGGUUGUGGGUCAGCAGCUGCUGCUGAUUGCGGCAUUCGGGACGAUUUCGAAACAAAAGUUCCUCCAAAUUGCAAUGUCUCUGAUGAUUGUGGAACAAAAGCCGACAUCGAUAGCAGUACGCCGAACGGCUUUAGAACAAAUGCUGCCAGCGAGUGUAACGUAUGCAAUAAUUAUGAAGCAGACGCCGCCAAUGGAUGCAUUGCCCAGAAGAAGUGUGGAGCAGAAGAUACCCGGAACGACCGUGGAGGAGGUGAUGUCGGUUGGGAUGUCCAGAGUAAUGGUGGAAUGAAUGUCGCCGCCAACUGCAGCUCUCAGGUAAUUCCAAAAACAGUUGCUGGUGAAAAACCGAGCGUUGCGGUCAGUUGUGCGGCCGCCGCUGCUGCUGCUGCUGCUGCUUCUUCUUCAGCAAGAACUUAUCAAUAUAAUAAUGUGCAGCAGCAGCAGCAGCAGUCUUGGAUGGGACCCUACAACUUCAAUCAGUACCAGUCUCCUGUGAUGGGAUACCCAGCUUUGCCUGUCAAUGCUAUGGUGUAUCCCGCCCCCGCUAUCAACACCACUACGUAUGGAACUAUGCCAUACAAAAAUGCAGCAGUAAAUUCUUUUGCUGUGCAGCUUUCUCAAAUGAAUCAGUGUCAGCAGUAUAUCUCAUCCGGCCGUUACCCGCGGAAUAUUGCAUAUAAUGGUUACUUAGCGGUUCCAUAUGCCUCAUACGUUGGUUACGCUCAGAUGCGACCGUCGGGAAACGCUGUGCGCUGCCAGCCACAAUCAUUUGUCUCUUCGAACGUUAUGCAGCCCACCACUUCUUCAUUUGGGAACCAACAUUUUUACCUUUAUGCUGGAAAACAAGCUUUCUGA